AUGGCUAGUCCUCCUGUUCUAGCUUUCGACGCCGAGGGCCGUCCGGUCAAAUUCGAAACCUGGCUAGAUGACCUGCACCUUUUCCUACAGCUCACUGCCAAGGAAGAUAUUACACUGUACGACCACGCUCUCGGCCAUGCGACCGCCCCACUCGCUACUGCCCCCCCAGCUGAGCGCUCACAGUGGCAGACCCGUGACGCGCACGCUCGCUUUGCUAUUCGCAACUCCCUGCCGCUAGAUGAGCGCGAGCACUUCGGCCAGUGCAAGACUGCUAAGGACCUCUACACAGCUGUAGUGGCCCGCUACUCCUCACCCGCUUCUGCCACGCUAGGCCGCCUCACUCUCCCCUACCUGUUCCCCGACCUAGCCUCCUUUCACACUGUCGCAGACCUCAUCACCCACCUUAAGACUAGUGAGGCUCGCUUUCGCGCUGCCAUGCCUGACGAGGACCAGUUCCUCUCUCGCUCCCCCACUGAGCUCACCGUAGACCUCCUCGAGAAGGAACUGCUUGCAGCCGAGGCUAGUAUCGUCGCUGUAGGCACCUCUCGUGGCGACCCCCGCGGCCCCUUCUUUGAGGGGUGCUCCCCUUCCCCCCUCCUCCCCUCUGUCGCCUCUGCUGCUGCUGUCGACCUCCUUGGUGCUGAGAAGGUCGGGGCUGCGUCUGCUUCAGGCGGACGACGCAGGGGCAGGAGUGGCAGGAGUGGGGGUGGUGGCGGAGGAGGCGGGGGUGGAGGUGGUGGCGGUGGAGGUGCGACUGGAGAGGCUAGUGGCGGCAGUGGUGGAGGUGACAGCGGCGUUGGGAGUGGUGACAGGGGCGGAGGUGGCAGCGGAGGCGGAGGUGGUCGUGGCAGCGGCAGGGGUGGAGGUGGCCGGGGCGGAGGCGGAGGGGGUGGUGGUCGUGGAGGCCCGGGGGGCGGUCAGAGUCAGCAGCCUGCCCCGACCCUUCAGGCCGCCCGUGAGUGGUAUGCGCGGCGCAGCGUCACCUGCCAGUACGUUAUUCGUACAGGUGACCGCACUGGCCAGACGUGUGGGGGGCCGCACCAGACGGAGCGCUGCUUCGCCCGCCUCAACGAUGCGUGGCGCACCCAGUUUCCUGGUGGGGGUGAGCUGCCGCGCUGGGCUGAGCUGCUCAGGAAGGGUGUUGAUAUUUGGGCACUAGACUUUGAUGCUAUUCUCACUGCCAUGUAUGCGAUGUCUAUUAGUGGAGAGGGUGCUCAGUACUUGCGUGUUCCGCCCGACCCGGGCAUUCAGGCCAGCCCCGCUGCUGCUCUAGGUGCUAGUGUGUCUGCUUCCACAGGUACUACUGCAGCUGCUGCUCUAGGUGCUUGUGCGUCUGUGCCCCCUGGUACUGAGUCGACUGCAGCACUGCACACCUUCACACUGGACUCAGGUGCUUCUCGCUCUUUCUUUCGUGACCGCACUGUCCUUGAGCCUCUAGCUCGGCCGGUUGCUGUCUCUCUUGCUGACCCCUCUGGGGGUCCGGUCCUUGCGACCUCCUCCACCACCCUUCCGUGUCCAGCGGUUCCGUCCGGCACACUGUCAGGUCUCUACCUCCCCUCGUUCUCUACGAACUUGGUGGCAGGUAGUGCGCUCCAGGACGGGGGUGUUCACCAGUUCACCCCUGCUUACGAGCGCGUGACACACUGCACGUGUGCUAGGACGGGUCGCCACCUGGCUACCUUCACUCGGCAGCCGGGGUCGGACCUGUACACACUGACCACUGCGUCCCCUCAGGUAGCUGCGUCCGCGUCUGCGUCUGCGUCAGGUCAGCUGUCCGCCCCCUGCUCGUGUCGCUCUCUGGCGCAUGAGACUGUCCUCUGGCACCACCGCCUUGGUCACCCGUCUGUGCAGCGCCUUCGGGCCAUGCACAAACGGGACCUUGUUGCUGGUCUUCCCAGGGUUCUCCCUCCCCUCCCACCCUCGCCUGCUCCUCCCUGUCUUCCCUGUGUCGAGGGACGGCAGCGCGCCGCUCCUCACUCCUCCUCCUUCCCCCCGACGACUGCUCCUUUGCAGACGCUCCACAUGGACGUGUGGGGCCCAGCCCGCGUCCGUGGUCAGGGUCAGGAGAGGUACUUCCUGAUUGUUGUUGACGACUUCUCGCGCUACACCACGGUCUUCCCCUUGCGCACCAAGGGUGACGUCCCUGAUGUCUUGAUCCCUUGGAUCCGCAGAUCUCGUCUCCAGCUCAGUGAGCGUUUCCGCUCCGACUUCCCUGUCCUGCGUCUGCACUCUGACAGAGGUGGGGAGUUUUCCUCUGGCCUCUUGGAGGCCUUCUGUCAGCAGGAGGGCAUUGAGCAGUCGUUCACGCUUCCGGCCUCUCCACAGCAGAAUGGGGUUGCUGAGCGCCGCAUUGGCUUGGUCAUGGAGGUCGCUCGUACCUCCUUGGUUCAUGCGGCUGCCCCCCACUUUCUGUGGCCGUUUGCAGUCCGAUACGCUGCGCAUCAGCUCAACCUCUGGCCCCGUGUCUCCUUACCGGAGACUUCUCCGACACUGCGUUGGACGGGAGAGGCUGGCGAUGCGUCGCGUUUUCGGGUCUGGGGAUCUCGAGCUUUUGUUCGCGAUACGUCCGCGGACAAGCUCUCCCGUCGAGCUGUCCCCUGUGUCUUCCUUGGCUUUGUCCCGGACGCGCCUGGUUGGCAGUUCUACCACGCCACCUCGCGUCGUGUCCUGGCCUCUCAGGACGUCACUUUUGACGAGUCCGUCCCCUACUACCGCCUCUUCCCCUACCGCACUGCUCCACUCCCCCCCCCGCCUCUCUUCCUGGCUCCAGGUGCUGAGGUACCAGACCCCCUCCCCCCUCAGGGUGCCGCUCCCUCAGGUGUGUCCCAGGUAGACCCGGGUGAGCCUGUCGAGGUGGCUGUCGACUCUCGUCCUGCUAGGGGUGUUGACCCUGGGGGUGCGGAGCCUGGGGGUGCUGAGCCUGGGGGUGCUGAGUCUGGGGGUGCUGAGCCUGGAGGUGCUGAGCCUGGAGGUGCUGAGUCUGGGGGUGCUGAGUCUGGGGGUACUGAGCCUGAGCGUGCUACACCUGGAGGAGCCCUCUCCUCCCGGCAGCUGCAGGAGAGGUACCUACAGUACUGCCGCCUCCGGAGAGGUGCUACUGGAGCUCGUACCAGUGCUUCCCCUCCUGCCCAGGAGCUCCCCCCCAUUCAGCAGAUCCGAGAGUGGUACACGCGGCGCUGCAGUCUUCGGAGUGGUGCUCCUGGUGCUGCGGACCCUGGGGGUGGCGCUGCUACUGGUGCUGAGGACCCGGGCGUUGGGGCUGCUGCUGGUGCUGAGGACCCGGGCGUUGGAGCUGCUGCUGGUGCUGAGGACCCGAGCGGUGGCGCUGCUGCUGGUGCUGAGGACCCGGGCGUUGGAGCUGCUGCUGGUGCUGCGGACCCGAGCGGUGGCGCUGCUGCUGGUGCUGAGGACCCGGGCGUUGGAGCUACUGCUGGAGCUGAGGACCCGGACGGUGGAGCUGCUGCUGGUGCUGAGGACCCGAGCGGUGGAGCUGCUGCUGGUGCUGAGGACCCGGACGUUGGAGCUGCUGCUGGUGCUGAGGACCCUGCCGCUGGUGUCUCUGCUGGUUCUGGAGACGCUGCGCGGCCGCGACCGUACUUCGUACCACUUCUUCAGCAGGUUCUUGGUCAGGCUCCUCCUCCUUGUCCUCCUCCCUCCGUAGAGUGUCCUCCGCCUGUCCAGUCGCAGUCACAGUUCCCGCCUGCCUCGCCUCUCCCUGGUCCCUCUCCUUACAUUGGUCCCACAGGAGGUCUUGCAGAGCGUCGUGAGCCUGCGUCUCGUCCUGCGUCGCCUGUUCGUACCGCUCGCACUGGUCGUCGUGUCCCACGUGAGCGUCCUCCUCCUGUCCCUGGCACUCACUACAUGACUCUGCGUCCCUCCACUGCUCCUCAGCGUGUUCCGCUGCCGUCUCCUCCUGCGUCCUCUCUGCCUACUCUUCCUGAUCCGGAGUCUGACUCCCGUCGUGCUGCCAGUCCCACUGUCACCCGUCUCCUCGCUACUGUUGUCACUGACCCUACCUUUGAGUCCUCUGCUGCGUCUGCUCUGGUCGCUGAGUUGAUAGACUUUGCUGCCCGGUGUCGUCUAGACUACGCCACUAGCCUUGUUGCUGAGUCUGAGUCUGAGUCUGUCUGUCCUCCGUCCGUCGGGGGUGAGUGUGCUCUUGGCACGGACGUCCUUGAGGACAGACAGGAGGAGUUCCAGUGCUUUGCUGCUGCUUUACCCCACCUCGUGUCCAUGCUAGUUGCCCCUGAGGGAGACCCGGAUGCACCAGACAUCCCGACCCCGCGCACUUACGCUGAGGCGAUGGCGGGUCCCUACUCCUCUCAGUGGCAGACAGCCAUGGACGCAGAGAUGGCUUCCUGGAAGUCCACAGGCACCUACGUCGACGAGGUUCCCCCACCUGGGGCGAACAUCGUCAGUGGCAUGUGGAUUUUCAGGGUGAAGCGGCCACCGGGUUCUCCUCCUGUCUUCAAGGCGCGCUACGUGGCUCGAGGCUUCAGUCAGCGAGAGGGAGUUGACUUCUUUCAGACCUUCUCCCCCACCCCGAAGAUGACCACUCUUCGGGUGCUGCUACACAUAGCCGCUCAGUGCGACUACGAGCUUCACUCACUUGACUUCAGCACUGCUUUCUUACAGGGCAGCCUGCACGAGGAGAUCUGGCUGCGCCGCCCUCCUGGCUUCACUGGGUCAGUUCCUCCUGGUACCCAGUGGAGGCUCCAGCGGCCGGUCUACGGUCUCCGCCAGGCACCGCGUGAGUGGCACGACACACUGAGGACGACACUUGCGGCUCUUGGGUUCGCUCCCUCUACUGCUGACCCGUCACUGUUUCUACGCACAGACACCUCACUGCCGCCGUUCUACAUCCUCGUGUACGUCGACGACUUGGUCUUUGCCACUGCUGACACCGCGGCACUCGCCCACGUGAAGUCGGAGCUGUAG